ACACUUACGCAAGGUCUGCCGCGCCGCCGUGCUACUGGAGCCUAUUCGCAGUGUUUUCCCUCAACCCAGCUCCACCGCCACCGCCCCGCAGCCCAGAGAGCCCUGCAGCAACGCGACCACCGACCAUCGAGCCAAAGCAGGCGGCAUGAGGAGGCUUGAUUCGGUACACUUAUCCAUGCUGCUCAUCGGGGUCUCCUUCGCCUGUUACUCCCCGAGUUUGAAUUCCCUGCAGGACCAGGCUUACCGAUCCGCCGUUGUGAUUGAGGGCAAGGUGCAGUCAGCGCCUCAGAACGUCUCAGCGGAGCCGUACAGUGUGAAUGUCAAAGUCCUGGACGUGUGGCCGCGCAACAGCGGGGGUCUGGAGCGGGAGCAGCUCGUCACCGUGGGGGAAUUUGGCUCGGAGACUCCGUGCGCCAAAGUGAAAAAGAAUCACAAGUAUAUAUUUUUCAUGGACCCAACUGAAGAGCCCUUGGUUUUCAAAGCAUCGUUUGCUCCCUUAGAUACCAGCGGGAAGAAUCUAAAAAAAGAUGUUGGGAGGAUCUUGUGUGAAGACUGCGCUGCUGCUCCUUUACUGAGACGUAUGAAGAAUCCAAUGUUGGUGGAUGAAGGAAGCAGGCUGAUUGUCAAGUGCGAGGCCUCCGGCAACCCCACCCCAGAGUACAAGUGGUACAAAGAUGGCGCUGAACUGAAGAAGAGCAAAGAGAUCAGAAUCAGAAACGGCAAGAAAAACUCCAAAGUCCAGAUCGGCAGUGCAAAACUGGAGGAUUCUGGGAAUUACACAUGUGUGGCAGAGAAUGUUCUGGGGAAGGACAACGGUACCAGUACCGUGCAUGUACAAAGCAUAACCACAACGUUACCUCCAGGCUCGGGCUCAGGCCACACCAGAAGAUGCAACGACACAGAAAAGGCCUACUGCGUGAAUGGUGGCGACUGUUACUUCAUAAAUGGUAUAAAUCAGCUGUCUUGCAAGUGUCCAAAUGACUUUACUGGUGAUCGCUGUCAAACCUACGUUAUGGCCAGUUUCUACCAGUCUCUUGGGAUUGAAUUUAUGGAGGCAGAGGAGCUUUAUCAGAAGAGAGUCCUGACAAUCACCGGCAUCUGUGUGGCUCUUUUGGUGGUGGGCAUAGUCUGUGUGGUAGCCUACUGCAAAACCAACCUCCCCCCCAGGAAACAGAGGAAGAAGAUGCACAAUCAUAUGAGGCAGAACAUGUGUGUGGAUCACCCCAACCGGAACCUGGCCAACGGACCGAAUCACCCAGGCCCUGGUCCUGAGGAGAUACCCAUGGUAGAUUAUAUCUCCAAGAAUAUUCCAGCAACUGAGAGAGUAAUUAGACACGGAGCAGAGGUGUCUUUUCCUGGCAGCCGGCAGUCUUCCAGAUCCCACAUUUCCUCCACCCGACCGCAUUCUUCCACUCACAGACACGAGGGGAGAACGUGGAGUCUGGAGCGAACAGACAGCGUCCUCUCCGACUGUCCUUCUGGCAUGAUGUCGUCCUCAGUGGGGACCAGUAAAUGCAGCAGUCCUGCGUGCAUGGAGGCGCGGGCCAGGCGUGCCGCACACUGUGACUUUACUGAGCCCCACCGGCCAGCCCUGCAGUAUGGCGACUCGUUCGACUCGCUUGGGGACUCUCCGCAUAGCGACAGGUAUGUGUCCGCCCUGACCACACCGGCUCGCCUGUCUCCCGUGGACUUCCAUUACUCACUGCCCCCGCAGGUGCCUACCUUCCAGAUCACGUCUCCCAACGCCAGCCACGCCAUGUCCUUGCCUCCUGCUGCACACGCUCCAUACCCACCAGUGGAGGACCAGCCGCUGCUGCGCCGCUACCAGGUGCCCCUCCAUGAGGCCCGGGGCCACGAGCCCUACCGGCAACAGCAGCGCGCCAGCUACCUGCAAGACAGCUCGGGCAGCCUGCCCUCCAGCCCCUUCCGGCUGGCUCAGGAGGAGGAGUACGGUAGCACCCAUGAGAACCUGUCCUCCUUGGAGCAACCAAAGAGAAGCAGUCAGCGCUGGCAUAGGUCCAGACUCAAUGGCCACGUGGCGCCGCGUGGCUACCAGCUGUCCCGGGACUUGGGCUCGCGCAGUUGCCUGUCAGACAGUGACUCAGAAGUGGAGGAAGGUGAGAGCACACCCUUCCUAAGUAUGCAGAAUAUGAAUGUGGCCGAGCCCUCCACCCUCUACAGGCCCGUACCUGACACACGGACUUCUCACGCCCAGAGCGGGCGGCAUGGGCCUCGUGCCAGUACACAGACCAGACUGACACACUCACGGCCCAAACUGGACAAUGCACCCCACUAGAGAGAAUGACAUCUAUACACAGUCAAUCUACUAUAGACCUGCACCUAUAAGAAAUAUUUUUAUUUUAUAUAACUGACAGAUAUUCUAAACAAAUGAAAUAUUUAUUUUCAUUUUAGCAAAAGUUGUCUACUAGUUAACAGCAAAGACUUUUUUAUAGGGAAAACUCUAUUUAUAUGUACAUUUUGAUUUACAGCAUAAAAAAUAUGUGCCAAUUUUUUCAGAAAUUAAGAAAAAAAAAAUAGAGUAAUAUUGUGGUGCCUUUUGCUGUAUGCCGACGCCAGAGGGCCAGUGGAGUUUUUUGUAGCCUUUCUUAUACGGACGCCUCAUUUUUUAUACUUGUUUACUCUUUUGUUGUCUCUUUUUGGCCUUUUUCCUUACUUUUCUUUCCAGGUUGUGUUCUUUUGGGCACAAACCCCUAUUUGAACUGUGACAUUGCCCUCUUUUAACCCCCAACCCCACCCCACCACCACCACCACCACCACCACAUCAUGCAAUAUAAACCACUCAAACUUAAGGUGUAUGUUUACAUAAAUUUGAUCCACAGAGAUGUUUUAUGAUCAUGUUGCUUUGCCAACAGGAAAUCGAUGACAAAUGCAAUCGGGUGUUCCUUCUCUGUCUAAAGUGGGGGCGAUAAAAUAUGUGUGUGCGUGUGUGAGCGAUAAUGUCGAAAUGCUUCAUCUGACCAAACACAUAUCUCCGCCAUGCACCGCAGCAAGGUGCGUAGGCAGAGCGAUCGAGAGGCCUGGGAAUGACUGUGGCUCGGAGAAAUAUGCUGCUGUUGUCUAGAGUUACGCAUGUGGGCACCUGAUUUGUUCUUUCAGAUGCCCUGCCUUGACUUGCAUUGUAUUCCUACAGGGUAAGGUUUGUCACAUGGGAGCCUUCUCAUUCCAAAGGGUAAAUGUUAGGGGGCCGUGGGCCAGGCUAACAGCUGGUGGAGUUGAACUUGGCUGUCAGUGCUAAUAGCUUUUGACAGAUAACAAAGAAAUAAAGAACAUAUAGUCUUUCCCACUCAACCCACCUUCCAAUCAUUCUGUCUAAUCACCCUCAUUAUCAGCACAUCCAUCCGGUUAGUGCGGCCAGCGGAGAGAUAAAUUGACAGGGAGGGAGAGAGAGAGUAUGGAUGAAUGGAAGGCCUCACAGUGUCUCAGGACCUCACUCCACUACACAUCUCCCUCACGCAGAGGACUGAAAAGAGAUUGACGAAUGUCCCUGUACUCCAGGACAGGAAGAGUGAAAUGGAAUUUCUGUGCAAAAUACUCACAACAAACACAGACUCAAAUGACAAGACACAUAGCUGUGAAUUACUAGGGGUCAUUAAAAUGCCAAAAUAUGCAAACUUUAUAUUCUACUUGCGUUCAACUGCAUUUCAUUUUUGAGAUAAGAACGGUGUGUAAUGUGGAGAAUGUAUGUUUUGCUGUCUUGUUUUUACAUUUGUGGUCCAUUUAUUUCAUUAAGUCCAACUAUUUCAUACUGUUUCAUAUUCACAACCAGUAAGACACCAAAUAGAGCUUAUAAUUAAUAUUAUUAAAGUACACUAUAAAAUCAGUGUAUCAUUAUUUCUAAUAUGCAACUAUAAUACAAAGCUAUGCCUUCAUCUUCAUUUUGAAGCAAUCACUUGGCCCAGACCAAACCAAACUACAAACAGCUGCACAGACUGGCUCUGUUUGGAGGGAGACACUCCUACAUCCAGAACCUAAUCAGUGAGAUUAAGUAUAUUAUAAUCAGCUGUUUUUAACUAGUCACCUUCUGCAAAGAGCGUCCACAGUCAGUAUCAGCUUAAAGAAUAUUCAUGUUAAAGCAGAUGAAGUCCAUUCGGUAAGGCACAUAAAGUACAGGAAGAAGAUUAGAACUAGGCAGAUACGUGUUACAUAUAUUUUCAUGCACUUCUUCCAUAAAAUGAGAUAAAAUGAGUUGUGAUUAUUUUGGUAAUUAAAUCCUUAAAGGGGUUUAAUGCUGUAUUAUGACAACCCAAUGGAAUAUCAUUUCUUUUUUAAAUGAAGAAAUGUUUUGUUUGAAGGUUGAUGACUAGAACUACACUAGAUGUUUACCCCUUCACAUUUUGGAUUUUUGUAUGCUUUAAAAAUGCCAAAAAGAAAGUGCUCUAGUUAGUUUAUAAAUGUGAUUUCACAACCCCACCCCUGAUAACUCAACCUCUGAUGGUUAGUUUUGAUUUCCCCCUCGCUUGCAACGUUUAAACACCUCACCUCUGCAUGUCCUUGUGGUCAAGGUUAGAUGGGUGCAUGGUACAAGCAGCAGAUGAUUUUCUUUUUCUCAAGUCAGUGGAAGUGUUUUUUUUUUUGUUUGUUUGUUUUUUUUUACAUUCAGCAAUAAAAAGGAAUCUUUUUCCCCACCAUGUCCAUUCUUGGAAAACUUCUAGAGGAUUUAAAAAAAAAGAGAGACAAACACACUUGACUGUCAUAGACUGUAAAAAUAAAAAGGAAAAAAAACCUGUUCUUAUAAGAAAAUAAAUAUUUCUUGGUAUCAUUUUGA